GUUUUGCUGACGAUAUUUGAAAACAAGAUGGCGGUGCGCAUACCGCUGUCUGUAACGAUGUCACCCUCAACUUCUCUGGGGUGUAGGCUUUUUUUUAAAGCGAAAUAUUCCUCCACCAACCUGUUUGUAUCUGUGACAGAGAUGUGCAGACGAGGCUACUCGGGGAAAGCCCAGCAGGAGGCAGAGGAGAGCGGGUUCAGCCCCGCAGGGUUCAGCGGGCCUCUGGAUCACUACAGCGGGCUGAUCAGAGACGGGACACUGAAGGAGGAUGAACAUCAGAAAGCUGUGAUGCAGACUCUGGACCAGCUCCACAAAACACUCAGAGGAUACAGCAACACACCGACAUCCCUCUUCUCCAAGUUUUUCACAAAACCGAAGCCACCGAUCGGUUACUACAUCUACGGAGAUGUUGGCACGGGGAAAACUAUGGUGAUGGACAUGUUUUACUCGUAUGUGGAGACUGAAAAGAAGAAGAGGGUUCAUUUCCACGGCUUCAUGCUGGACGUUCAUAAAAGGAUCCAUCGGCUGAAACAAAGUAUGCCAAAGAGGAAAGCAGGAAAAAUGGCCAAAUCCUACGACCCCAUCGCUCCUGUUGCCAAUGAGAUUAGUGAAGAGGCGUGUCUGCUGUGUUUUGAUGAGUUUCAGGUCACUGAUAUCGCUGAUGCCAUGAUUCUGAAGCAGCUUUUUGAGAAUCUGUUUCUGAAAGGUGUUGUUGUUGUGGCUACUUCGAAUCGUCCGCCUGUGGAUUUGUAUAAAAAUGGGCUGCAGAGGGUGAACUUUGUCCCUUUUAUUGCUGUGCUGCAGAAAUAUUGCCAAACUCUCCGCCUCGACUCUGGGAUAGAUUACCGCAAAAGGAACAGACCGUCUGCUGGAAAACUCUACUUUCUCUCCAGGGAGCCAGAUGUAGAAGCGACACUUGACAAGAUGUUCGAUGAGCUCGCCUUCAAGCAAAAUGAUAUAACACGACCAAGAGUCCUGAAUGUUAACAACAGGAAAGUGCGUCUGAACAAAGCCUGUGGGACCAUUGCAGACUGUACGUUUGAGGAGCUGUGUGAUAGACCUUUAGGGGCCAGUGAUUACCUGGAGAUGUCCCGGCUGUUUGACACCAUCUUUAUCCGACACAUUCCUCUACUCACCCUGAACAAGAAAACUCAGGCCAGGCGGCUCAUAACGCUCGUGGAUGCUCUCUACGACCACAAGGUGCGGGUGGUGAUUCUUGCAGACCAUCCACUGGAGGAUAUUUUUGUACACGACGGGGAUCAUAGUCAUGACGAGAGCCACAUCCUGAUGGACGAUCUGGGGCUGAAAAGGGAAGACGCCAGCGGUCUGUCGAUAUUCAGCGGAGAAGAGGAACGAUUUGCCUUCCAGAGGACAGUGUCUCGACUCACAGAGAUGCAGACUGAGGAGUACUGGCUCGAAGGAGACAGAAGCACCAAACCACAGGCGUAACAUUCAGAAAACUCCACCAUUUAACACAACCUCCAUAAACUGUUCUCUGCUCUGCCAAACUCACACAGACUGAACAAUACUCCCAUUAUGGAACUCCUUCACAGUACGUGUGCAGAAACUGUACAGAGAAUAUUUAUUGAAAUCUUAACGCCUUUUAUGACUUUAUUGUGACAUUGCACUUUAUGGAUAAUUUUUAAGUGUCAUAUUGCUUUUAAUCAUAUAGUGGUCCAACUAUAUUUGCCUGUUUAAAUCUGUGCAGAAGAGAUGCACAACUUGAAGAAAUGGAUUCCUUAAGGACUUGUUUUGAAGAUUUUACAUGUUAAUCUUUGAGCUACGUACUGUUUUAUCAAAUGUAAAAAACAUAUCUCAACGAGUUAUUCAUGAUUCUCAUACAUGCUUCAAUACAAUGGUGCAACAGUGGUUCACAAAGUGAAAGCAGUUUUUUUUUUCCAUUCCUGAUGGAUGCUGCGAACUGGACAAUACUGCAUUUGUUACUUUUUUAUCUGUUGGAUGGAAAAGGGCAAACAAAUGUAUCACAGGGCUUCCAGGUGGUGCUAUAAUCUUAUGAGUCUGUCUACAUUCAUGAAGAUAUUUUUUUUUCUGAGGUCAAAA